CUCUCUGUUUGCAAAGUUCAGCUGUGCAAAUUAUUUGUCAGGACAGAUACUCAUAAAUAUUUUACGUUUAUUAUGGCAAAAAAUUAAGCAAACUAAAAAAUUUAUAGCAAAGCUAAUGUCGCAUUCAGUUGAGUUUGUGAUCGCGUGUCGUAAAGGCGUCGAUGUUGGCGAGCGCGCAACGAUGUGAUGUGUGCGACUUAAUUUUUGGAAAUUUCUUUUCGCUAAGAAAGCAAAACAAAAAACCAAAAAUUUAGCAGCUUAAAAUGCGGCAUUAAAGUGAAGCAAAAAUUUUAUGAAAGUAAAAGAAGUGUUUAGACAAAAUUAAAGUAAUUUAAAGUUAGUGACCUAACUUCGCGACUGCGUUGACGCGAUCGGUACUUUGUCACCACUGUUCGCCCCGUCCACGCUUUCUACGCAUUUCGAAAAUGUUAUACGGUCUGAUACAGUUAUCGUGGUUCGAAGCCACCACUGCCGCCUUGCCAUUUAUCACUGUCGCUUUGCUACAAUUGCUAAAUGUGUUUCUAACCGAUCAAACAGCGCGUAAAGUGAAGGCGGCCAGUGAGUUAAGUAGCGCGUCAAAUUUGUUAGCCGAAGAUGGCACAACACCAACAAAAACAACAACAAAAACAACAGCAGCAGCAACUAAUGGAAAAACAACAGCGGCCAAUAGCGCAGCGAAUGGAAAAUUGCAAAAACAAAAGAGUGAAUAUUGUGAAGACUCCAUAACAAUUAUACCUUCAGCGCCGGUGUGUACACCAUCACCACCAUCAUCUGCACGUAAUUCCAUCAAUUUGUUACAGAACCAAAAUGGCAACAAUCCCAUCAUCAUUCCACAUACGCCCUGUCUGCCCGAAAUACUCAGUGAUGAAUAUCACGAGGAUGAAGAUACACUUUCGCUGGAGAAUCUCUUUCCCUGCGAUCAGAGUGAAAUUUACGCAUCAAAGAAGAUCAGCUUCAUCAUUGACGAGCUAAUACAGACCGAAGCGAAUUAUGUGAAUAAUUUAAGCAAAGGCCUGAAGAAUUAUGGUGAAUUGGAUGCGCGUGCGGAUGCGCCCGAUGCGCUCAAAGGUGCUGACAACCGCCAAAGGCUGCUGGGCAAUGUCGAGGAUAUUUUGGCGCUACACGAGCAACAAAUCCUGCCGCUAAUGUUGCGCAAUCAACGGGACUUGAAGGCCUUGUUCGAUGAGUUUUCCGUGUUUUUCGACAAUGUCCAAAAUCAAAUUAACGACAAAUUGGGCAUUGACAGCUUUCUUGUGCAGCCCGUGCAAAGACUGACCAGAUAUCCGUUGUUAUUGCAGCAAUUUAUAUCUGAAUUCUACAAAAGCGGCAUUAGCUGCAAGCCAGUACUGGCGUCUGUGUGCAAGUUGGAGACACGCAUGCGACGCCUACUCGAAGUGGUCAAUCAGGCUGAAGAAGUGGCAGCCAUAGACGAGCUAGCAGAGCUCAACCUACCCGCGCAGGGCUACUUCCGUCGCGCCACCGAAUUUGAGGCGUAUCAUCAUCGUUCGCGCAAGAAAUACACCGCCAAGGUGUUCCUCUUCGAUCGCUGCCUCAUCUGCACAGAGGUGCGCAAGCGACGACUUGCCUAUCGUCAUCAUUACGCUUGGCCAACGCUGGAGCUGCAAUUGAAUGGUAGUAAAAGUAUAACGGUGUUACUGCGCGGUAGCGGUGCAGCGAGUGCGGCUAGCGGUGCCAAGGAAGAGUACGAAUUCACAGCGCAGGAAGCGAGCGCGGUGACGCAGUGGAUACGCUGCGCGCGAAAAAUUAUUGAAAUCGAACGUGUGGAGGCGGCGAUGCGGGGAAAAUUCUCACUGCCAAUGGAUUUGGUGCUCGGUGUGGGAAUAGCGAUAUGGUUGAUAUGGAAUUAUUUACCUUAGUUUGCAAAGCUGCGGCUUUAUAGAUGUAUAGUACAUAAAUUUAGGUACUUUUUCGAAAAAUAAUGGGGGACUAAUAACUCGAUUGUUCGAGGGAUUUUAAAGAUUUAAAUUUAAUUACAUGAAAAGUUGUUUAAGAUUACACGAAGAACAAAAAGAAAUAUACUUAAGUUAUUUUUGAAGACAUUAAGAUACGUAUGUGUAUACAUAUUUUUUGAUAAAAGCUCUUAUUUGCUAUAAUUAACAGCUACUUUUUGUCGGAAGUUAGUCGCUAACAGACAGUCAGCAAAACUUUCAAUAGGCGAAAGACAAUAAAA